AUGUCCUCGGCCACCGUCCCCAGGGUCAAUGGGCCAGCGAAGGGUGAAAUUUUCAGCAAGCCAGAACUGUUGGAUCAUCCGCAACGCCAAGAAGCCGCUCACGAAGGUGAUAUCCUGACGCUGCUGGGAAUCCGAACACCGAACUGGCUCCGGCUCCCAACCUACAUCCAAUCGUUGGCCGAUGUCGAAGGAAAGAUUGUGUUCAUCUACAAGCAGGAUGAAAUCCGGAGCGGAGCAAUGCUUUCGGACGGGAACUAUCUGAGCCCCAAGUUGAGCGAUAGCGGGGAUACGGGAAACAGGCUGGACCUUACCGGAUCGCCGCUGAAGGACGAGGUGAAGUUGGAGAGCUUGGACAUGUCCGUCGAUCAGGUCGUGGUUCUGAGUUUGGAGAAUCCCUGGCUCGAGAAGGAGGAAUGUUUCGGGCCGGUUUCGGUCGAGAAGGGAAGGGGAAUUCUGCAGGAAGUGCUGGGGAAGCGGAUGGAAGGUUGUGGCCAACUGUGGGCGCUCUGCGAUGGAAAGGACAUGGACCGGACGCUGUUGAUGCAGAUCGAGUUGAAUGGCGAGCGGAAGUUUGUCCGGGGUGCGGUAAAGCUGCUGGGGUAUUUCCCCGAGAGCCAACUGACCAUGGUCCGGCUGCAGAGGCUGCACGAAGCGAAGGCUGCCGGCUUCUCGAAGGAACUGGAAACCAGCAUAGAGUUAUGGUACAAAAUUCAGUCCCACAUUAGCAUCAAACUUCGCUGGAUAAGCCACUCGCAAAAUCCUUCGUUUUGCAUCAACCAGAAGGCGGACAUUGUCCUCCGGCAGUCGAUUCUGGUGGACGAAACCCAAUCCGUGGCGGAGUACUUCUGGAGCCAGCUGCACUUCCUGGAAACGAUCAAGGACCGGAUUCUGCAGAUUAGAAGCGAAGGGAGGCCCAAUCCGGACGAUGUCAGCGUGAUUAAGGAGAAGACGCACAAGAUUCUGACCGAGUUUUGCGUUGUGGAGUCGACGGAUUACAAACUGGGACAGAUUGACUCGAUUGUGGAACGGGUGAAGAAUCGAACUGCGGUGGACGUUACGGAUCGAUUGUGGAGUGUGCUAAAAUAUUGCGCAUGUUACGAUGAUUUGAAGGAUGUUCUGACGUUCAUUUUCAAAAUCGCAUCUAGGAGUAAUCUGGCAAACAUCCCAAGUAACAACAACCGACUAGCUCAGCUCAUCAAAUCCAUCGCCCAAGGUCGACUGGCCAUUCCAAUUCUGACAGGAUCGGAACCGUUCGAGCUACUGCUGGAAAUCGGUCUGGAAAAGAUCUUCAAGGACUACCAGAUCAUCUUCCACGAGAGCAAAAUUUGCAACCUGGACCUCGAUAGGGUCGGUCGUAACUCGGCUGGGUCCGGUUCGAGAGACGCCUCCCGUGCAUCCAGCAUUCGCAAGUCGAUGUACGAUGCCGUUCCGUCCAAUACCCCCAGA